GAAGGCGUCGGCAGCGAGAGUGAGUCAACGUUCGCGGCAGACAGCUCAAUGUCACCAGGUCAAAGAAAGGAAUGCUGAAGGUACUUGUGUUUUUGAUCAGUGUGAGCAUGCGGAUUGUUUAUACUGAGCACAAUGAAUAAAUAUACCAAAGUGAACAAAAUUGGAGAAGGAUCUUUUGGGAAAGCUAUUCUUGUGACUUCAAAAGAAGAUGGCAGACAAUAUGUUAUCAAAGAAAUCAAUAUCUCCAGGAUGUCUAACAAAGAGAGGGAAGAGUCAAGAAGAGAAGUUGCUGUUCUGGCCAAUAUGAAGCAUCCAAAUAUUGUACAGUACAAGGAAUCAUUUGAAGAAAGUGGUUGCCUUUUCAUAGUCAUGGAUUACUGUGAAGGGGGAGACCUUUUCAAACGGAUUAAUGCACAAAAAGGAAUUUUAUUUCCUGAGGAUCAGAUCCUGGAUUGGUUUGUGCAAAUUUGCUUGGCUUUGAAACAUGUACAUGAUAGAAAGAUUCUGCACAGGGAUAUCAAGUCACAGAAUAUCUUUCUAACCAAAGAUGGGACGGUGCAGCUGGGAGAUUUUGGAAUAGCUAGAGUACUCAACAGUACUGUGGAGCUGGCACGGACUUGCAUUGGCACACCGUACUACUUGUCCCCAGAAAUAUGUGAAAAUAAGCCAUACAACAACAAAAGUGAUAUUUGGGCAUUGGGCUGCGUCCUAUAUGAGAUGUGUACCCUCAAACAUGCUUUUGAAGCCGGUAACAUGAAAAACCUGGUGCUGAAGAUCAUCCGUGGAUCUUAUCCACCAGUUUCUGCUCAUUAUUCUUAUGAUCUGCGGAACUUAAUGUCACAGUUGUUUAAGAGAAACCCAAGGGACAGACCAUCGGUUACAUCUCUACUGCAGAAACCACUUCUUGCCAAAAGAAUUGACAAGUUGCUUUCACCUGAUCUUAUUAUUGAAGAAUUUGGUCAUGCAAUUGAAAAUCAUGCUUCAAAACCAGUUAUCAAUACAGCAGUAAAAAGACCAGGCCCAGUCUCGGGAUCUGUUGGACCAGCACAGAAAAUCACCAAACCAGCAGCCAAGUAUAAAGUGCCGUUGACAGCAAAAUCUGCAGAGGCAGCUAAAAAGCUUUCAGAUAAGAAAUUACUGAUGAAACACAAGCAGGCUCAACCUACUCCAAUGAAGAAAAUGAAUGCAGUGGAAGAAAGGAGGAAAAUGUUUGAGGAAGCAUCUAAAAAGAAAAAACAGGAACAGAUUGAACGAGAAAGAAAGCAGCGAGAACAGGUGAAUUUGUUGAAAGCUGAGCAGAUGAGAAGGAUGGAGAAAGACAGGAUGGAAAGAAUCAACAGAGCCAGGGAACAAGGAUGGCGACAUGUACUUGGUGUAAGCGGUUCUUGGGGAAGUGGUGAACAUAAGGUUCCCUUCUCUGGUGGUGGGGGUGGAGGGUCAGGAGGUAUCCUGCCAGCAGCUCAUAAGGGGCAACACUAUGAACAUUAUCAUGCUAUCCUGGACCAAAUGCAGCAACAAAAGGAAAACAUUAAAGGGUUUGAGGAGAAACGUGUAAAGUGGAAUAUAGAAACACCACCUCAGGAACAUAUUUACAGAAGAAUGUCAGCAGCUGCAGGUGCUGGAAUUCAGAAUGGGCCAGGAUUUCUCCACCAGCUGCCUGAUGCAGAAGCAGUCAGAAGAGAAGUAAAGAGGCUUGAAAAUGUGGCCAAGCAAGCAAAUGCCUACAGGCAACGAGGGUUCGCAGCAGCAGAAAGGGCAAAACAAGUGGAAGAAUUUUGGCAGCGAAAGCGGGAAGCUCUGCAGAAUAAAGCACGUGGUGAAGGACACUUGGGGAUCCUGCAAAACCUGGCAGCUAUCUAUGGAGGCAGGUCCAUUGCAACAGGAAGAGGAAAAUCCCGAACGAAGGAGGAAGAGGAGUACUUAGUGAGGCUCCGGCAAAUAAGGCUGCAGAACUUCAAUGAACGACAGGAAAUUAAAGCAAAACUUCGAGGAGAAAAGUGUGACAGUGAUGGGUCUGAUGGACAGGAAUCCAAUGACGAAGCGGAAUUCAAACGCAAGAAAAUUGAAGCAUUAAAAGCUCAAGCCAACACACGAGCUGCAGUACUUAAAGAACAGCUUGAGAAAAAGAGACGAGAAGCCUAUGAAAGAGAAAAGAAGGCCUGGGAAGAGCAUCUUGCAGCGAAAGGAUUUAAGCAGCCAUUAACAGCUGCAUCUUCAUCCUCUUCCCAAGUAAGGCAAGGAUCAGGCCUAUCUUCCAAACCUCAAUCACCAGCAAAAUCCAGCACGCCAGCUAUUUCGAUGACUGCUGCACUGAAAGAUGUGGGCAUUGAAAAAGACACAACAGCUAAGGAAAUCUCAGAGGAAAUUAAGAGGUCUAGUUCUACCACUAUUCAGAAGGAAAAGCAAGAGAUUUUGCGUCGGUUAAAUCAGAACAUUAAAGUUCAGGAAUGUCAUGAAGUGAAUGCAGCAUUGCAGGACGAAAGUGUCGUGACUUCUAACAGAAAUGGCACACAGUCUCAGGAGCAGCUGGAGGAUGGCCCCCACUUUGCAGGGGAAAGGAAAAAAUGGGAAGCAGAACCUCCACCUGUGAUUCCUCUUGCUCAACUUACGCUUGAAGAAACCUCAGGGUUAAAGGAUGAGACAUGUCAGACAUCCGGAGAAGUUAUUAAAUUGUUAAUUAAAGAUGAACCUCGCAAAGUAUGGGAGAAAGAACCUUCUGACACAGUUUUGAAAGUGUUAGGGGAAGCAGAUUUGCAAAUUCAGACGGGGAUGCUAUUGGAUACUGUAACCGUUGAAAAUAAUGCAGAAGCCCCUUUGGCUGAAGUUGACCCGGCACUCACGAUGGUGAUCGAUGCAGUAAAUGGCAUGGUUGAUCAAAAAGUAGUUAAUGAACCUGUUCGAACUUCUGUGGCUAAUGCUGGACAGAUAUCCAUAGCAGGAGACACAAUGGAAACCAAAAUCAUUGACCUUUCAAGAGAAGAAAAUGCACAGUCAAGGGAAGUAUCUAUUCCAACAUCAAAAACAUCAGUAUUUGAAGACAAGAUUGAAGAACCAGAGGACUUGGAAACAGAGGCUCUUGAAGAAGGAGACCAGAUGAACAGAGAUGAUAUCCCAGUGGCCCCAGUUACUGUAGAUGCAUGGGAAAAAGAAAGUGAUGAAGAAAGACCACUAGAUGAUGCUGUUGCACAAGCCGAAAAGACACAGCAGCAUGCCGGACUCACUGAGGAAAAGCUGAUUGAAUCAACAGAUUCCAAAGUGAAUGCUGAGGGAUGUGCUAUUGAGACUCCACCAAGUGAACCGUUUUUCCAGAAGUUACCACCUUUACAGGACAGAGCUGCAGCCAUGUUGUCGAGGGAAUCCUCCCAGGAAGAGGCAGCAGGAUCUAAACCAUUGUCCUGGUCUUUAUCUCCAGCAAAUUCCAAAGGCAAACAGUCUCUGUUGAUUGGGUUAUCAACUGGAUUGUUCGAUGCAUACAAUCCAAAGAUGCUGAGGACCUGCUCACUCCCUGACCUUAAUAAAAUGUUCAAGACGUACAUGGAUGACAGUGCACCAGAUGCCCCUGAAGAUAAUCUUGAACUGGAUGAUAUCGAAGAUGAGCCCAUCAAGGAUGAGUAUCACUCAGAUUCAGACACCAUGUUUGGUGAGGCCGAUGCAGACGAUUUGCAGGAGCUUCAGGCAUCUAUGGAGCGUCUGUUACACGAGCAGCCCAGUGAAGGGUUCAGUGAAGAGGAAGAGGAAGUGGCUUCCAAUUCAAGUCCUCCUGAGGAAAGUGUUUAUAAUGUGGAGUCCUCGAUGAAUGGAGUUGAGGGGGAAGAAGAUGAAAAUCCAGCAAGUAGCAGUGACCAAAGCGCAAUUCAUGAAGAAUGGCAUUCAGAUGACAGUGAAGAAGACAUUGCGGGUGAAAGUGCAGAGUUUGACAGCGUUUUCAGCCGAUUGGAAGAACUGCGAAUGACUCUGGAGCAAGAAAUGGGCUUUGAAAACUUCAUUGAAGCUUACAACAAAGUUAAGGCAAUACAUGAAGAUGAAGAUGAAAACAUUGACCUAGGCACUCCUAUAGUCCAAGUCAUUCUGGGUCCUCAGUUUGAGCACUUGUAUUCGAAAAUCCUGCACCUUGUCAUGGCAGAUGGAGCCUAUCAAGAAGACAAUGAUGAAUAAGAAUCAGUUCCUUGGAACCUGUCUACUGUGGAUGUUUUAACUCUCAAGCCUACACUAUCUUUUGAGCAACUCGUGUGGAUACAAGUUAAAACACGCGGCAUAAAUGAGUCUGCAUGGAUUUGGUGCAAGGACAGUUUUAUUUUAUGCUCCUUUCCCCAGAGUUCCGUUUUACCUUUUUAAUGUGGCAUAGGCUUUCUGCAGAGUUUUACAUUUUGUAAGUAUUGGUGUUGCUGCUAAAAAAAAUACUGCAUAUAAUACAGAAGUCUCUGACCAAAGUUUGCCCUUGAGUAUCACAUAUUGACGAGGUAGAAAAAUUGGAAUGUUAUGAAAUCUGGUACAGCUUGAAUGCUGCAAUUUUUCAUUUGCAUUCUAUAACAGGAGGUGACCUGUUGUGCAGGAAUCCCAUCCACCAAUCAGAAUUUACAUGCUGCAAGACACUAACAUGAACAUAUACUUGUAAGUUGUAAUAUAGAUGCAGUUUCUUGUACAGUACUUCCAAGUACAAAGUUCACAUAAAUGUAUUAUACCUUUAUA